CACACACACACACACACACUCCUAACAUUCGUUCGCAACAUGGCGUUGGAGCGCCGAGAGACACGACGGCUCUGCCCCUGACUAACAGCAGCCGUGUUGUGGGGAGAGGAGCCGGAGGAGCGCGUGGAGCAGAGAGCGCCACAUUCGACUCUUUUUCUCUUUUACGCACCACCGGAGGACACAAUAGCGGAUUCCUGCAUAUGCAUGUCGCUGUAACGGUAUAGCCGCUCGUUGUAUAGACGCACGCUGCUGCCCCGCUGGUGGAAAUCAAAGGCUGUACAUGGCGGUGGAGACUAUUUGGCUGCUCUGUCUUCUUUCGCUGCUUUCUGGUCCUUCCGAGCAAGAAAAGCCUGUUUCCGUGGAGCUGAGCUGUGGGGCUGGGCCCAGCCAUGUAGUGUUGGAACCAGGUUUGCCCCUCUUGCUGGACUGCAAUCUGGGGGCCAGCGAGACACCUUUCAACGUCACGUGGCUCCAGGAUGGCCGGACCCUGCCUCCGGAGGGGGAUCAGCUGCAGUAUUUGGGCAACGGAUCCCUCCUCCUGCUGCCGGCCUCCAAGGACGGCCGGCCUGCCCAGAGGUUGGAGGGGGGCUACAGCUGCUUGAGUGCCAGUGCUGCUGGAGCCCUCACCAGCAGGACCGUGAAUGUACUCUUGGCAGGUCUGUCUAAGUUCCACCAAGAGCCGUCACCCCAGACAGUCCCUGCUGGGGGCGCUGCCCGCUUCGAGUGCCAGAUUGAGGGUGUACCCACACCUGUUAUAACCUGGGAAAAGAACAGAGUGGCUGUCCCUGAGGAGACCAGGUUCAUUUCCCUUCCUAACGGGGUGCUCCAGAUCCUUGAGGUGACCAAGGAAGAUGAGGGUGCCUACCGCUGUGUGGCCUCCAACUCUGCCCGGAAGGACAUCAGUCAUGAGGCUCUACUCACUGUCACCACAGGUUCUACUGAAGCCCUGAACAGAGUUGUGAUAGUUGCACCACCUCAGAAUGCCACGGUGGUGCUUGGCCGCCCCGCAGUGAUGGAGUGCAUGGCACAAGGCCAGCCGAAACCUCUGGUGUCCUGGAGCAGACAAGAUGGAAAGCCCAUUUCCACUGAUGUGGUCGUCCUUGCAACAAACCUGGUGAUCAGGGACACGAGACGUCACCAUGCCGGCAUCUAUGUCUGCCGGGCCAACAAGCCUAAGACCAGAGAGUUUGUCAUUGCUGCCGCUGAGCUGCAUGUGCCUGCCCCUCCAGUGAUUCUCCAACCCCCAGAGACAGCGUCCCUGUCCCGGGGGAACACAGCCCGGUUUGUGUGCAACAGCUCAGGGGAGCCUCCCCCUGUGUUGCACUGGCUGAAGAAUGGCAAACCCAUCAAGCCAUUCAGACAAGUGAAGACCCAAAGCCCUGGAGUCCUGCUCAUCAACCAGCUGGCACCGGAUGAUUCAGGCUACUACCAGUGCAUAGCAGACAACGGGCUGGGCACGGCCUGUGCCACUGCCAAGCUCACUGUCAUCGUGAGGGAAGGUCUGCCUAGCCCUCCACGUCACCUGUCUGCCACACCCUACUCCAGCACAUCUGCCCUGCUCACCUGGGAGAAACCGGAGUACAACUCGGACCAAAUCAUAGGCUACUCUGUGCACUGCCAACGUGCCGCAGGCUCAGAUAAUGUGGAGUACCAGUUUGCGAUGAACAAUGACACCCAAGAGUAUCACGUCAAAGAGCUCCUCCCGCAUACUGCCUACAGAUUCUUUGUGGUUGCCUACUCUCCCAUGGGGGCCAGUUCACGAUCCCUGCCUAUAACUGUAGAGAUGCUGGAGGAUGUGCCGAGUGCACCCCCCCAGCUCUCCAUAGCCAGCACCUCCCCUACAGACAUCAGGCUGAUGUGGCACCCACUGUCCUCACAGUACAGUCGAGGAGCCGUCACCCGCUACCGCAUCGAGUACAGCUCUCUGGAUCAUGUGGAAACAGUAUUCUCAGUGGAGGUGGGGGGUAAUGAGACUCAGUUUACGCUGAGAGAGCUGCAGCCCAACCAGGCGUACCAGCUGAGGAUUGCAGCUGGAACAGGUGUCGGCUUCGGGGUCCCAUCAGAGUGGGCCCAACACCAAACAUUAGCUCAUUACAACCACAGUGACCACAGCAUGGUGAUCUUUGCCCCCACUGAGCUGAAAAUCAGAGCCAGAGUGAACACGCUCAAUGUGACAUGGCAUCCCUCACCCAAUCACACCCUGGUGUCUGGCUACAAGCUGUCCUGCCGAGAGGUCGAGACUGAGGAGUCAGCCACUGGUGAGAAGAGGACGACACAAACCCACACCAUCAGGCUCCGAAAGAAGGCCAGGUAUCAUCUGCUCACUGGACUGGCCCCUGACCGGCAGUAUGAGGUGAGGCUCUGGGCAUUCAACAAGCACAUCGAUGGAGCAGCUGCGAUGUGGAAGGGAAGAACAGACAAGGCCCAUGACAGAACAUCGUCGCCACCUAUGCGCCCCCCUCCAAUGCCCCCAAGCAGCAUCCAGGCCAAAGCCAACAGCUCCACCUCCAUCUGGAUGCGCUGGGAGAAACCUCGUUUCAGCAAUGUACGAAUUAUCAACUACACAGUGAGGUGCAGCCCAGCGGGAACCACCAACGCCUCCCUGGUCUCCUAUCACACCAGUUCUGCUCAGGAGAUGUUGCUCGGGGCCCUGAAGCCCUUCACCCGUUAUGAGCUGGCGGUGCAGUCUAAUGCAGUGGACGUGGUGGGACCCUUCAGCGGCACGGUUGAAGAGUCCACCUUGUCGGACCGGCCCUCCACAGCUCCGGAGGAGCUGCAGCUGAGUGCUCUGGACUCCUCCUCUGUACUGGUGAGCUGGCGCCCUCCACUGGAGCCUAACGGUGUCAUCAUCAACUACGUGAUCUUGUACAGUGGCAACCUCAGCCAGCCUGAGCACUUGUGGAACAAUCUCUCUCAGGACGGGAGCAUUACCAGCAUGGAGGUCCAGGGUUUGUCCAGUGGCACCCACUACUUUUUUAAGCUGGGAGCCUCCACUGUGGUGGGGUCAGGGCCUUAUUCGCCUGUAAAGGAUGUUCACACUGCCCUUCAAAAAUAUGAGCUGGACAUCCACGCGGUGACAGGCAUCAUCGUAGGCGUGUGUCUGGGACUGAUAUGCAUCCUCCUCUGCAUGUGCUUCAGCUUUCGUAACGGCAAAUCCAGGGAGAUAUCUGGGGGGCUGGACUCCACAGCUGUGUCCCCUCAGUACAGGAGAGGAGGUUUCCCAAUACCCUCCAACUUGCCAGUGUGCAGCGAUAGCCACGAGCUGGAAACACUGAUGCCCCCAGGCAGCCAAGAGUCUGGUCAGCCGCUCGCAGAGGCCCCAGAGGAGCAGAGCCUGAUGGCAAGUGCUAAUCCAGUGGAAGGGGAGGAUGCCCCUGCACCUGAGCCCAAGGCGGCUUGGAACGGCUCUGUGAGUCAUAACUGGGCCAACAGGAUCACUAGAUACAGAGACACCAUAGCAGAGGACUGUCCAGCACUCAUUAAUGGAGCUGUCAAGAUGCUGAUUACUGAUAACGGCACGGGCUCAGACGGUCAUCUGUGCAGUAACCAGGUCGAGGCAAGGGUGAUUGUUCACUCAGAGCUGUCAGAUCCCGGGAGGGAGAGAGAGGAGGAGGGCAGCGAGAGGGAGGGGGACUCGAACACCACCAGGGGACCCUCAUUAUCAGAGGACAGACAUUACCCUUUGAGCCAGCCAAGUCUGCCAGGAGAGGAGGUACCUCUAGACAAACUAUCGCUGGCCCAACGACCCUCGAGUUUUCCCUCAAUCAAGUUGGUGGGUAAUCACAACGGGGAGCUGGAAGCCACAGGAGACCAGCCGAUUGUGAACAUGCAGCCCCAGCAGGACACGGGGCUAACCAAUGGCUUCCACUCCCCGAAGACUGUGAGACCUGUGCUGAGGUCAGAGCAUUUGGAGAACGGCGACUCCAGACACCGCCCUCCUGCACCGGGGAAGGUCAUCUCUGUCGGGCUGUCCCCUUCCCCCUUUGUCAGCUCCGGCCUUGUACACUCUACCUCAGCAGCACACAGUUAUCUGUGCCCGUAGCGCUCGCAUAGGGGGCAUCGGCCCCUCCUCAAACACAGAGACAUCAGACUGAUUUCCUUUCAAAAGUACAAAUGUACCCAGCAAGAUUCUUGAAGGAUUAUUUUUAUGCACCACCAUUAUUGGAUUUCUUUCUCUUCCCUGCAAAGUUUUAUAAGUACUUUGAAUCCAUUGUUUCAUACGUGUGUAUUCAGUAUACAUAUACAGUAUAUUUUGGGGGGUAGAGUACUGUAUAUAUGCUUUCUCUAGCAUUGCAACCGUGCGGUCCUCUGGGUUUCGUUUUCUGUCCAUAGGAGAGAAAAAGAAAUAACCAACCAGAUGGGAGUGGAAUGAAAGAGGCUAUUCCCACUGUGUCACACAUGGCUCUGUUCCACUCAGGAAUGAGAAAAGGCCUGGAACGUUCCCUGAGCGAGCGAGCGAGCACUUGAACAGGCUGUAAUCGUGGACGGGAGGAUCAGAAGUGGAGGCUCGGUGGGUCUCCCUCGGUUUCGUCACGUGGAUGCUACUCUACUGUGGCACUGAGGAAUAAGCCUUACAGAGUAUAUAUCCGCACACACAGAGUGCAGAACACCUGUGUCUGUCUCCAGCCUCCUGCUGUCUCAGGGUCCACACACACAUAUACACAGAAACACACACAAAGCUAAAAAGCAUGGCUGGCUGUGCGGUAUUUCACAGAAACUCAGUUGGUCACAUACAUGUACACACACAUUUCCUGACUGGAGUGUGGGGGUCUCAGGUGCCUACAUAUUGUUGGUGCGUUUGUAGUCUCUGUAUAUUUAUAUAGAUUAUUGUAUUCAGAACAAGUUGAAAAACACGUCAUCCCUAAGGAAGAUAACAAACAACAAAAUAUUAAAAGAUAUUGAGUAUACAGAUUUGGUACACAUUAAGUUUUCCAGGCCAAAACUCUAUGUAUCAAGGUGUUGUGAAUUUGUAAACCAGGGACCCUCAGUUGAAAAGUGAAGUGAUGUGUUUGUCUUAAAGAUGGUGGAUAUCUCAUUCUGGAAUCAGUAGUAUUUACAUGGUCAUGACACGUUAGUCACCAUGUUGGUUUAAGUACGGUGGUGGGAGAAUUAGACAAGAUGUAACAACAACCAAUCUACAGACCCCUCUACUGGUUUUGAUCCCAGUUAGGGAUGCACCACUGUCCACAUUGUUGUUGAGGUACUGUGCCGUUAAUGCCAGUUGUCUUUUUCAGCUCGGUAUAAGAAUUGAAUGUAUUUUUCAAAGGAAAUCCAAUGUGUUUUUAAAGGUUUCCAAGGGAAUCUUGAUUUUACUGACCUGAUUCAGGUGUAUGGAAAAUUUCCACAAUGCUUUAGUCUCCCCACAUAUAAAAAAAAAGAGUUUGAUCAGGAAAAAAAAUAUGUCAAUUUGCCAUUGUUUUGUUUAACUUUGACCCCAUACUUUAGGACUCUUUAAUACGUAUUGGAUCAAUAUAUACAAUUGAAGAUGUAUGCGUUUUGGUUUAAAAGGGGGAACUGGUGCAUCCCUACUCCUUAUCAACAGCACUACCUCAUUUCUUUUCAGGAUGCUUUCCAGUGUGGUUUUAUUAGUGUUGAUGUAAUUAGCACCUUUUAAGAUCUUUUCUACUUAAUUUGUCUGAUUUGUCAGCCUUUCCUCCUUGCAGAAAUACUCGUCUAUACACUGACUGUAAUGUUCUCUUGUUACAUUCAACAGGAUAUCAUGUCGCUUUGUGCAUCGCAGCCUCUCGUCAGAUUGAAAGAUUGUCUCACUCAGUAUUACGGUCGAACCCAUUCAGAGAACAGGCCAAUCCUGUGAAACUAGUUGGAGCUGAUUUCAUCCAGUUGCAUUUGCUGUAACACUGACGCCAACAACAGACAAGGAAAUAAAAAGCUGCUGCCAUUUGACACAUGUGCCACUUGUGCCCCCUAAUGGAUUAAUGGAUGUUUUAAGGAAUAUAUACCUAAAAUGCACAACCACAAAGAAAAGAGCAUCAACAAAGAAUAAAAUGUCUGCUCGCAGCAGCAUUUAAACCUUUUGGUGGCAAAAGCAGUAAAUUCCAUGCCCAAAUGUUCUUUACAGAGUUAAUCUCGGGUGAACUUUUACACAGGUGACUGAUGGAUAGCUUUCUCGGCAGUGUGGGCCUGUCAGGACAGAGAGGAAGCUAUAAUCACUUAUUAGCUGUUUCGCCCCAUUAACUUUUAUUUGACCUCCUCUGUCAAGAGUAAAAAACAGAGCAGUAGUUUGAUGACAGCUAUAAAACUGGACUUUAUGGCCUAAAUACGUCUUUUGAAUAAACUGGGUGACCUUAUUGUCUCCUUAGCAACACAAGGAGCAAUGUAUUGUGCAAUAUUAAACAAAAAGAUAGAGAGAGAAGCUGAGGGAACAUUUGAAUGGCCUAUCAGCUCGCACCAAUAAACAGUUAGCUUAAACGAGGACAGAAAAAAAAAACAAAUACAUCAACUCAUAUAUGUAUAAUAAAUAUUAAACUCGAUCAAAUUGAUGAAAGUGGAAAAAAAAAUCUGGAUCCACCUAUUUAUCAUAAAAAAAAUCCUGUAAAUUCUUUCACUCGUUUCUGUGUAAUCCUGCUAACUAACAUAUAAACAAAUACUGAUAAAAAAAAACACGACUUCAGUGGCCGAGGUAAAAAUCCUGCAGUUAAAACCUGAGCCUGUAACCUGUAGGGCCAUCAGACACCCCACUAGAUUAAGUGUGUCAAGUGCAUUUAAAGCAUCUGCCUUAUUGCACAAUUUAAACCUGCCGAGUGGCCUGGAGAGUUUAGAGUGUUAAGGAGGCCCACAGGGAUUUGUGCUACUCUGGAAUUUAAUGGUUUUUAGUCUCCUGUGAGAAGGGAGGAAAUUGAAAAGGCUGUUAGUCGGGGGUGAUGGGUGCUUUAGAACCUAUUGAUUUCUGCUAGGGGUUGGAGAUCACGUCCACUAGCUCUGGGUGCAGUAUGCACAACUUUGUCCAGCUGUUUGCUGUCCUCGGCUGUCAUGUUGCCAAACCACUCAGUUAUUUUUUGAGUUAGGAUUCCCUCCAUUGCUGCUCUAUAAAACUGCAGCCUGCCAUUUUUGGAUAUGCCACAUUUUUUAUAGAUGUCUUAAAAAGAAUUGUCCAGAGUCCAUGGACUCUUGCCAGAUCACUAUUUGACUCCUUCACUGUUCAGUCAGUUGAAACAUGUCUCAGAAUAUCCAUCACUCAGGGAGGGGCCGUCCUAUCCUGCAGGGUUUGCAUGGCUCUAACAAUACUUGGGAAUGAGAAAAACAGCAUUCAGGUCCGAUUCCCCAAAGGGAGCUCUCCCUACAGUAUGAAACACCCAUGAAAUAACACAAAAACACUGUUCGAGUAAUUUUCAUCCCUAGCAGCUUAAAAUUUGCUGUCUAUUCCCAAUGCUUAAAGGAAAUCUUGCAAUACCAAAACUAAAUGGCUGUCUUAAAUUUCCAUAGCAUAGACAGAAAGCUGCUAAGAAUCAGCUGUAGACCCGACUUUAGGAGGGAUCUCUACAACCAUCAGUAUGGGAGAUUAAAAAAGGAAAUCAAAUCACAGACAGAAUAUGACUUCAUAUAUACAGUGUCCCCAGGGUCUUUGUGGACCAGCUCUUCUUUCUUAUUUCCAAAACAAACAUCAAAGUGAGAUUAAAGGCAAAAAUAUUGCAAACUAUCCUAUUUGAUCUAACAGUUCUGACUGUCCAUGCUUGGACAAGGAAAGCAAACACAGCAUGGGAUACACCAUGUCAUCCUCUUCCUACAUCGGUUCAACAUGUAGCCAUGCAAGAAUUCACUGUUGCUGCCUUCACAUGGGGUUGUUUUUACUGUUUCCACCAGAGGAGUCCAUAUGAACACCCCCGUGUGUGGCAAUCACGACUUUGGACGAUGGAAGGUCAUUGGAAUAAUUGAAUAUAUUACAAUUUUUGUCGUGCAGAGAGAUUUCAUUAUACAUCCGAGGAAAAUUGUGAUAUUCCCAAAUAUAUCAUCCUGUACGUCUGUGCGUUUAAUGCAUUAAGUUGAAUGAAUAAUAUCAUUAGCCUCUAUGGCUUCUAAACACCAACAGUGCUGUUAACAUUAGCAUCGGGGAAUCCGUUACCUCGGAUCGCUGUUCUCACGACUUAACACUUCAACGUCAAGCACAUUUCCAACUUUGUAACCACAAGCUCACAAGUUCCAUUUGAAGGCAGUGUAUGUCACAAACCUAUCUCAAGUCAACAAGCAAACAUAACUCUUUUGACCUGCAGGUGGCACAUGUGUUAAAAUUACAGGCGCUUCAACACUAAAACUGGCAGUUAGUUACAAGCUGUUUCAAAUUAAAGACUAUUUUAAGGAUGCUAAUACUAUUAACUAGUUUCACUUAUGAUGGAAAGCAAAGUAUUACUCUUAUGAGUGUAUAUACACACACCUCAGAGCAUGGAGUCAAGCCCUGUUGUAUAUGAUGUCUCAUCUCUCAGGUGGUUCUCUUCUAGUCAUCUAUCAGUGCAAAGGACAGGACGAACCCCCUUUCCAUCCUGCCUGUAUUUUCUACCCAUGUCCAUGCAACUGUCAAAAAUCUCACCAGCUUAACUCAACUAAUCAGCAAACAGGAAUGUAAACUCUUCCUCGUCACAUGUAUCACAUCUCAAGAUCUCCGUGACUGUGUUUGCUUUGCAGCCUUUAUUGUUCUUGGUCUACUAAACAAAAAUGCAUGUACGUAUGGUACCUCAAAGAGAUGCUCUCUUGGCCCUGCAUGUAUAGUGUUUAACAGGAAAGGUUAUUCCGUUCUUUCACUGCAGUAGCAGCCAUACAGGGACAUGAGGCUGUCCUGGGUCACUUACAGACAUGCUCAAAUUGUUUUGUGAAUGAUUUUUUGAUAUGCACAGCAGUCAGCGCACUGCUCUAUUUGGUAAGCCACACUUAAAAAGAUAUGUAAAGAGCAAGCUCACACGAGGAAGCACACUGCUGCUGCACCUCUCGAGUCGCCCAACUGAGGUGGCUUCAUGUUUUAUUUGUGGCCACGGACCAAUCAGUGAUGUCACUUCAGGUUUCCAUUACUGUGAAAGUGAAGCACCUGUUGAGCCAUCACUGAUUCUGGUGACUGUUUAAAUGGAUACAGAGCAGUGUGGUGUGGUUUGAUUUUCACUUGCCCUGAGCAAACCACCAGAACUAUGUCUGUUCAAUGACCCAGGUUCUUUAUUGAUAAUGUUCUAUAUCGUUAACUAUCUUUCAUCAUCAUUAUGAUCAUCAUCAUCAUCAUCAGAGGCUUGUACGUCCUGAGUCCAGAAGGAAGCAUAAUAUUCUCAAAAACAUUCCAGUUUGAUAUCUUAAACAUACCUCUCUCUCAGUCCAGGGGUCAGCCUUGAUUAGCCAUGCUACCUUAAGAGAAGUGCUAAAACGCCCCGGACUGUGUUCCUGCUGCUCGGGAACACGGUUCAGCUCCUCCAUUCACAUCUAGAUCAGCAGAUAGUGGAGCCAAAACUUCAGUGUUUGCUAUCAAGUGAGUAAAACUAUAACAAUCACUGAAGAGGGCAGUUGAGGCAAUGCUUUAGAGGCUUUUCACAUAGUAUUGUCGUUUGUGAAGUCUCACAUCCAAGAUUGUAAAAUUAUUAUUACAAAUUAUUGCUAAUAAUAAAUACUAAAUAGAGUUUUUAGAUUUUAUUUUGUAUGUAUUUUAUUAUUUUUAAACAACCAAAAGCAAACAUUGCUUUGUACAUAGCAGCUGUUUUUAUUUUUCCACAAUGGAAGAUUUGGUGCAUACAGACCACAGCCAAUUGGCACUUCAGAAGAUUUAGACAGCAAAUAUACUGCUGAUGCUUUUCUCCUCUGUCUGCAGUAAAAGCUGAAUGAGUAAAUUCUCUAUACCAGUGCACACAUUUGCUCUAAUGGACGUCCAACACAUUUGGAAAUUGGUUGAUUUGUGCCAGCGAGUUGCAGUUUUUGGUUGUAACAAAAGCAAUAUUACAUCUGUGAUGCAGGUUUAUAGAUACAAUUAUCUAAUAUUACAUAUUCUGUUAAAAUUUGUAGAAUACAACAUUUAAAAUGAAGGAUUUCUUGCAGUUGUCCCACAGAUUAAUUUAAAUCGUGUCGUUUUGCCUGUGCUAUCAGUCCUGAUGCAGUAGUGGGUUAUUAUGGUGGGCGAAGCUGAGAGGAGAGGUCUCAUAAAGCCUGCCUCCAGCACAGAGGAUGUACGCUCUCCUUAUAGGAGCUCUUUAAACUCUUGAAACCACUGUCUCUUUAAUACCUUUUUAUUUUUCUCAUGCUUUUAUUUCACAAAAAUUACGAUUACUUCAAUUGUUAUGUUUAUUUCAUCCUCUUUUGUAAGGGUUUGAUUAAAACAUUAUACCUCAUGUCGAUAAAUUGAUUUGAUUCUGUUAAUAAUGAGUAGGUACAUUUUUCUGGGGUUUUUUUGCCAAGUGUUUUCAUAGAAAACAGGAUAGGGCGUCUUGUUUUACCUCAGUGUGAGUCUCUACUCAUUACAGUGGCCUGGAUCAAGUGGUGAAGUUGUAAAACAAAUGAGGGUAGGAGGAGGGGUCAGUGGAUGUGAUCAAAACUGACCUUUACAUUGUUAUUCUGGUUUGAAUAAAUUGGACGUUGUGUUUUAAAUAAAAAUCGGAAAGGAAAGAAACAAGAAUACACCUGGGUAACAGGCUAAGGGUCCAUUUUACAACUUUAACACAACCCAAGUGACUGAAGUACGAAGCAGGGAGAAGGGCUGAGGGGACGUCCUCGCCAAGCAGAUCAUACCACUCAAUGCAGCCAUUUAGAAAUAAUUGUCUCUCAACUCAGGUGCCCCAUCUUUGUAUCAUGCCAGCAUAUCUGACUCAGAAACAUGUCAUUUGUCAUCAAACAAAGCCUCAUUUAAAAGCAAAUCAAGUAAACUCUUAUGCACAGAUAAUAUUUUUGUUUUGUACAAAUCGCUCAGUGUAUUUUCUGUCUCUCUGGCUCUUCUCUGUACAUUCUGGUGCUUUGUGGUGAGCUGCUUUGUCCGGUGAUGUCACGCUGUCGUGCUUUUUUUGUACGUCUCUUUUCCUCUGGUCAUGUGUGUUACGAGCUCAGCUGUGCUUCUCAGAAUGUGUACGCACAGACUCAUAGGACUCUGCAGUCGUGUGCCACCAGCAGGCGCUCUGCAGCUCCUCAGAUACCUUUGUAAUCAAUGUUGUGUGCCAAACAACACCUCAUUCAUGACACUACUGUAGGAACAAGUAAUAGAUUAGCACUUCUUCUUGGGCCGUGAGCGACUGUGGGCUGUCAUCUUUACAUUUAUAGAAGUGCAAUUUUCUUAGUCUGUAAAGCGACAGAUGGAGUACUCAGUGUUAGUCAUUGCGGCUGUGGUCAUGAUUCACGAUAUAACAUUGCUUGGUCAUGGUACAGGUAGAACUUGUGGUUUGUAGAAAUAUUUCCACUGUGUUGAAAAUGUCAAAACUCUCAAAGCGACUCGAAAGAUGUCCGUGGAAACGACUCUUCUGUAAAUAAACAUCGAAGAAAA